CGGGAGCUGGAGAGGAGCUCGGGCAGGCUCCCAGGCGCCCAUCGCGGGGCUCCUCCGGCCACGGGAUUCUCGGAUGCCGAGAGUGCGGCCUGCGGCCCCGCCAAGCAGUCUGCGGACCCCGCGCGGGGGCCACUUCUGAAACGUCAAGGCCCGCGCGGCCCCUUCUUCUCCGCUUCGUGCGGCGGCCCGUGCGUAAGACGAGGCGCGGGCGCCGGUCAGGGGCCGGGUGCCGCUAGGAGGGACCCGGCUUGCUCUGAGGGCCGCUGUCAGCGCCCCCACGUCAACCAUGAAGCUGAAGGAGGCGAACUCGAGGCCAAAGUCCCGAAGCUAUGGCAGGUUGCAGACGAAGGGAAUCAGAGUUGUGGGAAAAUGGAAGCAGGUGAAGAUUGACCCAAAUGUAUUUGCCGAUGGACAGAUGGACGACCUGGUGUGCUUUGAGGAACUGACCGACUACCGGCUGGUCUCCCCUGCCAAGGUUUCCUCCAGUCUCUUCUCGAAGGACAAGCCCAAGAAGAGAAAGGCCCAAGCUGCUUCAGAAGGACAGGAAGAAGGAGAGUGUAGCUCCUCAAAGAAAAAAAUGAAGUUGAAGAAGAGGAAAGAUGGAGAAACUGAAGGAACCAAUGCCCAGAAAGAGGCUGAAGUCAGAGAGGUGGAGCCAGAGCCCCAGGGAGGUGGCACAGCAUGCCCAGGUCCGGAGGCAGGGGAGCUGGCGUCAGGAAGCCUGGCCCUGACGGUUCCAAAAAAGAAGAAAAAGAAAGGGAAAAAAACCCCAGAGCCUUCCCAGGGUUCUACCCCGAAGGUGCCCAAAAAAGCAAAGACAUGGAUGCCUGAAGUGCGCGACCAGAAGGCAGAUGUGUCAGCUUGGAAGGAUCUGUUUGUACCCAAGCCAGUUCUCCGUGCGCUCAGCUUUCUAGGCUUCUCUGCACCCACACCGAUCCAAGCUCUGACCUUGGCACCUGCCAUCCGUGACAAGCUAGACAUCCUCGGAGCUGCUGAGACAGGAAGCGGGAAAACUCUCGCCUUUGCCAUCCCAAUGCUUAAUUCCGUGCUGCAGUGGCAGGUGAAGAAGCCUACCCCCCCUCUAAGGAACACGGCAGCAGCGCCUGGCGACACUGGAGCUGAGGCAGGGCCACUGGGCGAGGCUGGAACUGAGUCUGCAGCGUCGUCUGGUGAGAUUGGGACUGAAGGUGAAGCACAGCCCAGCGAGGCUGGAGCGAAGGCUAGAGCACCACCCAGCAAGGCAAGUGCCAAGGCUGGCACUGCCACCUCAGAGCAGGCGCUGCCCUUCUGUGACGACGAUGCUGGUGAAGGACCUUCUUCCCUGAUCAGGGAGAAGCCUGUCCCCAAACUGGAUGAGGAUGAACAGAAGUUUGAUGAAGAGCAGACUGGAAAGUUAGAACAAGAGUUGGGUGGCAAAACUGUCACCUGUGAAACACAUCCAAAGCGUCCCCUACUUGGACUGGUUCUGACUCCCACUCGAGAACUGGCCGUCCAGGUCAAACAGCACAUUGAUGCUGUGGCCAGGUUUACAGGAAUUAAAACUGCUAUUUUGGUGGGUGGAAUGUCCACGCAGAAGCAGCAGAGGAUGCUGAACCGCCAGCCCGAGAUUGUGAUCGCCACUCCAGGCCGCCUGUGGGAGCUCGUGAAGGAAAAGCACCCUCAUCUGAGCGACCUCCGGCAGCUCAGGUGCCUGGUGAUUGAUGAGGCUGACCGCAUGGUCGAGAAAGGCCACUUUGCUGAGCUCUCACAGCUGCUAGAGAUGCUCAAUGACACCCAGUACAACCCAAAGCGGCAGACACUUGUUUUUUCUGCUACACUGACCCUGGUACAUCAAGCUCCUGCUCGAAUCCUUCAUAAGAAGCACACCAAGAAAAUUGACAAAACUGCCAAACUUGACCUUCUCAUGCAGAAGAUUGGCAUGCGGGGCAAGCCCAAGGUCAUUGACCUCACAAGAAAUGAAGCCACAGUGGAGACACUGACAGAGACCAAGAUCCAUUGUGAGAAUGAUGAGAAAGACUUAUAUCUGUACUACUUCCUGAUGCAGUAUCCAGGCCGCACCCUGGUGUUCGCCAACAGUAUUUCCUGCAUCAAGCGCCUCUCCGGGCUCCUCAAAGUCUUAGACAUCAUGCCGCUGACCCUGCAUGCUUGCAUGCACCAGAAGCAGAGGCUCAGAAACCUCGAGCAGUUUGCCCGUCUGGAAGAUUGUGUUCUCCUGGCAACAGAUGUGGCGGCUCGGGGCCUGGAUAUUCCUAAAGUCCAGCACGUCAUCCAUUACCAGGUCCCCCGCACCUCGGAGAUCUAUGUCCACCGAAGUGGCCGAACGGCUCGUGCCACCAAUGAAGGUCUCAGCCUGAUGCUGAUUGGGCCUGAGGACAUGAUCAACUUCAAGAAGAUUUACAAAACCCUCAAGAAAGAUGAGGACAUCCCAUUCUUCCCUGUGCAGACAAAGUACAUGGACACAGUCAAGGAGCGAAUCCAGUUGGCUCGGCAGAUUGAGAAAGCAGAGUACCACAACUUCCAGGCUUGUCUGCACAACUCGUGGAUUGAACAGGCGGCAGCUGCCCUUGAGAUUGAGCUGGAUGAAGAAAUGUAUAAGGGAGGAAAAGCUGACCAACAAGAAGAACGUCGGAGACAAAAGCAAAUGAAGGUCCUGAAGAAGGAGUUACGCCAUUUGCUCUCCCAACCAUUGUUCAAAGAUGAGGUGAAAACCAAGUAUCCAACUCAGUCUGGCAAGCCCCCUGCACUCAGGCCUGCCCCAAGAAAUGGUGAGUCCGCUUUGAGCUGCCUCACUAAACAGAAGAAGAAGAAGCCAAAGCCAAAAAUGAAAGAGCAGCAAGAAGAACCACAGGCGAGCACAAGUGCAAGUUAACUGCCCCCGAGUCAGAGUCUGCUAGUGGCCACACGUUGUGUCUGUGCCCUGUAGUUAUAUGGGAAAUUGUCCCUAUUUCGUUUCAUUCCACUGUUAACCCUACUACAAAAGUCUCCCUCUUUCCAUGCCAUCCCCGUAGUGGGAGGGACCUCGUAUGGAUUUGUGUUGUUUUUGGAGUACGAAUUAUUUGUAGCAGCUUAUGUAUUUCCGUAUUUCAGUGUUUAUAGGCUUGUUUGUUCAA